AUGUUUUGGAAGGAGGUUAAAGAUACUUAUGGACAUCCAAUAACAAGAAAGAUGAAUAAACUACUAAAACUAUCCAACAUUAAAACCAAGACGAUCUGCAAGACGCAUUUUUUAAAAAAAUGCAUAAAAUUUAAUGUACUACCAAAGAGCUCAAACUUUAGUUUCAUCAAAUCAAGAAGCAAGCAGUACAAAAAGAACAUCGAAAGAUUCAAUGAAUGCACUUGGAGAUACCGACAGAGGCUAGUAAACUUAGAUAUAGAUGAAUUAUACUUUAAAAUAGAUAAAUUAGAUUUUUCAAUGUUGAGAUUAAAUUCAGAAAUUAGAAUAGUUUUAACACACAGACAACACAGAAUUUUUAAAAAUAUAGAGAUUUCCAAUAACAGUAACACGGAUAACAGAUUGAGAAAACAUUAUAUUAACAAAAUUAAAGAAUUGAGGUAUAAUAAACAUUUUGAAUCAAGAACUUAUCUUUUCAAUAAUAAAGAAAAUACUAAGAAAGAAAGAACCAAAUUUGAAUUCAUUUGGUAG